CGAAUAGAAAUUCGAUGAAUGCCAUUCUGCCAAGAGCAACCAACACCAACUCUGCGAUACACGCGUUCGGGUUUCAAAUUUUUCGGAGAGGGUGUUCAAAUUUAUAUUUGUUUUUGUUUAGUAUUUUCUUAUUUUUUUGUUUUGUUUUUUAAAAACCAAAAAUUCAGGUCGUUUAUUUACUUUUUCGAGGUGUAGGAAAUUUUUUUGCUACCGGCUUGUCAGUAUAUUAAAAUGAGUGUUUCCCAAUCAAUCGUUCCUUUCUUAGAGACAAUAUCUAAACUAAAAUCCACCCCGAGAACAGGCUGGCUCUACCAUGGUAUAGAAACUCCUGAGUCCAUCGCUGAUCACAUGUAUCGUAUGGGUAUCCUAACCCUGCUUUGCAAUGAUUCAGGAAUCAAUAAAGAUCGAUGUGUUAAGAUUGCCAUCGUUCAUGAUCUUGCUGAAUCUAUUGUUGGAGAUAUCACCCCCCAUGAAAAUGUUUCCAAAGAAGAGAAGCAUCGCCUGGAAAUGGAAGCUAUGAAUAAAAUUACCAAAGAAAUAAUACCAUCAGAUUUAGCAAUGAAUGCUGAAGAAAUCAAAGAUUUAUUUUUGGAAUAUGAGCAUGCUUCGACAUCUGAAGCUAAGUUCGUUAAGGAUAUCGAUAAGUUUGAAAUGCUUGCUCAAAUGUUUGAGUAUGAAAAAAAAUAUCAAGGAACAAAGGAUCUUAGUCAGUUUUCUUGGGCUAGUCAGUUGAUUAAGCAUCCUCAGGUGAAAGGUUGGCUACAAAAUCUCAUGACCGAACGCGAAGCUUUCUGGAAGACAAUAAAAGGAAAUUCGGAAAAGUAAUUAGAAGUUUAUAAACUUCACAAUUGAAUUCUCUUUAUCGUGGGAAGAUUUUUUAAAAAAGAACUGUAAUACUGCUUAUGUUAUAUCUGGCUAUGGACUUGCACAUUCCGCCGUGUCUGUGUAUAUUACAUAAAAGACUUUUCAGUUAAUUUUUGAAAAGAUAUAAGUGCUGGUUGCUGACGUUUGUUUUUACAUUCAUUCACCUCAAAUUACCAUCUCUUCACUUAUGUAGAGUCAUUCUUUUGUACAACGUUUAAGAUGUCCUGUUCCUACAACCAUAGUCAAUAAUUAGAAAUAAUAAGCUCUAAAAACAAACUCUACUAUAGAAUGUUAUAUAAACGUACAAACAAGUGGCUACCUUUAAAUCCCAUUCGUUUUUCUAUUAGCAAAAAAAAAAAAAAAAAAAAAAAAAAAAAAAAAAAAUUCUAUAGCUUUUAUUUUCCGU